CAUGUCACUUUGCUUCAAGGGCUCUUUCAGCUGAGGAUAGGUCCUUUCACAGAUGUUGUCACUACAAACCUGAAACUCGGCAAUCCUACAGACAGAAAUGUGUGCUUCAAAGUUAAGACCACAGCACCACGUAGAUACUGUGUAAGGCCUAACAGUGGAAUUAUCGAUGCAGGAACAUCAAUUAAUGUUUCUGUGAUGCUACAGCCUUUUGACUAUGACCCUAAUGAGAAAAGUAAACACAAGUUUAUGGUUCAGUCUAUGUUUGCUCCAGCUGAUACUUCAGAUAUGGAAGCAGUAUGGAAAGAAGCAAAACCAGAAGAGCUCAUGGAUUCGAAACUUAGGUGUGUGUUUGAGCUACCAGCGGAAAAUGAUAAGCCUCAUGACAUAGAAAUAAAUAAAAUUGUAUCCACAACUGCAACAAAGACAGAUUCCUCUGUAAUGUCUAAAUCAAUAAGUUCUUCUUUGGAUGACACUGAAGUUAAGAAAGUAAUGGAAGACUAUAAGAGGCUUCAAGUAGAAGUUCAGAGGUUACGGGAGGAGAAUAAACAGUUUAAGGAAGAAGAUGGACUGCGGAUGAGGAAGGCACCGCAGACGAACAACCCAAUAUCUGCUUCUGCAGCUGCUGUCAAGGACGAAGGGCUCAGCUCCAGACUACUUGCUUUGGUGGUUUUGUUCUUUGUCUUUGGUGUAAUUAUAGGAAAAAUAGCCUUGUAGAGGCAGCAUGCUGGAAAAUGUAAAUUGGUUUGAUGGUUCUGCCAUAUCAUUGGAUUAAAUUUAUUCAUAACAAUGUUUAAAAAAAAAAAAUUAAUGUAUGACAUCUCACAGGUCUUGCCUUUAAAUUACCCCUGCACAAAUACUCUGUAACAUAAUCUAGAAAGUUUAAAAUGUACAAUGAGUGAAUGAACGAAAGAGAAUAUGCUUCAGCCAUGAAAGUGGGGAGAAAAUCAUGAUUUAACACUACAACGGAAUAUUGUAUAUGUCAUUUUAAACAUUCUUAGACCCUGGUACAUGUUGCUGGAUUACCUCUUUUUAAAAAAAAAAAAAGAAAAAAAAAAGGAAAAAUAGAAAAAACUGUCCCUCCACUGCUGGAGCUGGCCCUAUUGGAUGUUUGGAGCUGGGUUAGGCAGGAGGUGUUGAUAACUUCUGUAAAAUACGUUAAUCCACCAUUCUGCUCAUAAAUUUAACAGUUUCUGUCAGUGUCUUCAACUCUGUGCAAGUUACCAAUUUCUUGGCACUUAAAUGAAUAGUGAGAAGCUGAAAAGAAUUGUAUGUGGCAAUGCUGAAUGUGCUAGGCAUCAUUAAGAGGCAUAUAUUGACUGGUAUGACGCUCAUUUGGAAUAAAGGUCAAUGCCUUGUUCUCAUAAAGGGACCAAGCUACAUUGCUGUUGGUUCAUUUAGUUGAAUUAAAAUGUUAUUCAGAGAUGUUUAAUGCAUAUUUAACUUAUUUAAUGUAUUUCAUCUCAUGUUUCCUUAUUGUCACAAAAUUGACUAAUACUAUAUGGUAUGAAAAGGCACCUGUUUAAAGCCAGUGACUAGAACUAAAAAUUUGCUGCUGUAGUGAUGCGAGAUUCUUCUGCCUCCUGGUGUUUUGGGCACUACACAAUUGUUGGGAGUUUUGAUCAUCUGAGCAUUGGAGAAACAGUGGUCAGGAAACUGUUUUUGUAUGUAAAUAAGUCUAUCUAGGGGAAAAAAUAUUAGUAGUAAACUAGUCCUAUGCCGUAAAAGACCAAUCCUGUUUGACUAUGUAGCAUCUUAAAGAAAAAAAAAAAAAAAAAAGAAAAGAAAAAUUAAAUAAAGCCCCCAAAUUAAUGUUUCCUUUGUUACUUUUGUCAUGUUAUCACAGUUUUAGGGGGAGGGGGGGUGGAAACAGUAUUCUCCAUCAACUUAGUUUGUGUACGGCAUAAGAAAACUUGCAGCCUUGUUUCAGGAUGAAUUUUUUUUUUUUCCAGCCUAAUUUUAAAAUCAAUCCAAACAGCCCCAUCAUGAGCCUGAUAUACAUAAGUGUUGUUCAGAGUAACCGUGCUGACUGCUGAGGUGCAAGGUAACUUCCCAUUUUUCAGUUUAGUUGGGUACAGUAAAGAUGCUUGAUAGCAUGUUGAAAGUAAGGUUUUGUUUCUAAGCAUACUUUUAGUACAAAAUACAGAAACUCAAUGUGUUUUAACAUGUUGAACUUCAAUAGAUGAAGUAGGUUUUGAGCAGGUAAAUUCCCAUAUAUCCUUAGAUGGUAGAUCCAAAAACCAUUGGUGACAGAAGUUCUUGUAACACCUUUCAGGAUUCAGAAUAAGUCUUUUAAAAGUGACUUCUUCCAUUCCUUUAUUAUGCCUAUGAUUUCUUGAGAAAGGUGUUUGGGCUGCAGCCUGUCUACUACUCUUGUUGACCUUUAUAUUUGUUCCACUUGUGUCUCAAGGGUUUCCUGCUUUGCAAGUGCAAAUAAGUGAAAUUUUCUGUAAGGUUUAAUAAGAAAAUAGGGGGAGAAAAUCUUAACUGGUGUGUUCAGCUUACGAACACAACUCUGGGAGUACUUCUAGAAGAUUAAACAGAAAUGAGAGGUGUAUCUUUAGCAUUUUAAAUUGCUAGUGCCUUGUAUGCUCAGGAUAGGAGUGACAAAGCUAUUAAAGUCUGCCUGUAAAGGGCAGAGGAGAUGGGAGAUGAGCUGGAAAGAACGAAGCAGUGAGUUCAGUGUGACAAAUUGGGUAGAACUGAUCAAGAAGAAGAUACUUUCCAGGGAGAAGCAGCUAAUGAAAACUUCUACAUGAAACAUUUUAAAAGAACCUUUCCAGAAAGACAAGGUUCCAAGUGAUGUUGCAAAAUUAGUUUUCAUGGCUUUGAAGAAUAUAUUUGAGAAAACCCUUACUGAAGGGAGACUGAGCUAUGCAGUAUUUUUUAAGAGGCUGUAGAUAUCUUGAUCUCACUAAAAUAAAAAUGUGUAAUCAGAAGAGCUGAAUUCCUAACUUGCUUUAAAAAAAAAAAAGUUACUAACUUGUUUUGAGAGCCUUUUUUUCUGCUGAAAAACAGCCUCAAAAAAGUUUGGUUUAAAAAAAGAAAAAAGGCUGUCUUUGCAGGGUAAAGGGGGAGCAUCAAAGCUUUAAACUGGUCUCUUAUGAGUAUAUCUGUAGUAAUGUUCUAGGCAGAUUUUUACACACGCUGUUAGCUACCGCAGUUGACUUUGCUGGCACAGGCAGCUCCCAGAUGAAGGGGAAAGCCAGCAGAAUGUCUGCCCUCUUUCCAGUGGUCAGUAGUCACUGCUCAGUGAUCUGUGACAACUUGGAACUUUAAAUCAUUUGUGAGCAAAGUUGUUCUUGCUGUUUGCACUCCAGGAUUACAAAGAGGUCCCAGAAAACACUCUCGUGCUUUGCUGGAUGCCUUACAACCGCAUGAUCAAGGAGACCAACAAACAGAGGACCUUAGUUAAGGAUCUGUUGGUCCCAACCAUAGCCUGCAGUUGGGGCUGACCCACACCAUCAGUCCUAAACAAGACUGUUAAUUUAACUGCUUUUAUUUUGGAAUUUAACCAAAUUCUGAGGUCUUUCCUAACCAUUUCUGACAACAGCCUGAAUAGACAGUAGCACCAAAUUGUCUGGCUAAUGCUUUGCUUUUGCUGAGCUUAAAAUAAAAUGACCGAUCAGUGGAAUCCUUACUACCUGUCUGUUUGACCAGACCCUUCUUUCAUAUGCCGUAGAAAGAAACCUAAGGAUGUUUUUUUCUCCCAAGGUUCCUAAAAGGCCAGUCUGUAGAUACAUUGCAAAAAUAUAUUGGAUGGGUGUUCUUAAGCCACCUGGAUCUUUCGGAAGUUGUUCCUUACAUGGUGACACCAGAGCAAAUGUUUUCAUGAAGUAUUCAUAGAAAGUGACUUAUUCUAGAGGGCAUUGUAUAUUUUAGGAAGUUAUGCAUGAAACAUAGAGUUUCUAAAUAAGAUUAUUGUCUGGUGUCCUCACACACCACCAGAUAUUAGAAAACUGUAACUGAUACAUGAUCGUAGAAAUCAAGUUAUUACUUAAUCUAAUUAUUGUCCUUACUGUUAUUUUAGGAUGCCCACUUGCAUAUACAUUUAUUGUUAAUUUUUGUGAGAGCCAGUAGAGGCUGCUUGGGUAGUUCUUCAUUUUGUGGAGCUUUACACUCCUGUCUGCACUCUUCGGGCAAAUUUGGUACAAAUAGGUAUCUAAAAUGUCUUGAAGCCUAGUACUGGGAAAUGAAUGGAAAAUGGUUUCUACUAUUUUCAUGUAGUUAUCCACACCUUAAAGUAAAUAUUCCAUGCAUGAAUGAUCAUAACUAUUGCUCCGCGUUGGCAGUUGUCAGCUGUGAAUGCACAAGUGGAACAAUUGCAUAUGCCAGCUAGGCACCCGGUUUCAAGUUCCUGUUGAAUAGCCUUAAGGGUUGAAGAGCAGGAUAAUGCCAUGUGUGUCCUGUGGAGAGGGAUUGAUGUACCAUAAUGUAAUUUUCUAAAAAUACGGGAUUGUAAUAGCUUGAUGGUGGUAUUCCAUGUUACUUUUUUGUCCUGAAAUGCUGUUAGUGGGAUAAAGUUGGAACCUCACUUUGCAAAUCGCUAGAGUUUCUUCUCACCAAUAAACUAUAAAGGGUUUCUAUUCGCUGCACAUGUCAACUUGCAAUUCUUAUUAUAAUCUUGACUUAGCAGAUAGCAGAUUUACAUAGUGGUGUGCACACAAAAAUGGAUUGUUAAUGUCUUAAGAUACUUGAUGUUGCAAUUGCCUAAUGAAAGAAAACUGUGUCAUCCCUUUUCUUUGGAAAACGUGUAUGACGCUUUCAUCUCUUCAUCGGAACGCUUCCUUAAUUCUCGGGCACAACAGUGACUUAACUGUAGUAUUCUCAGUUUUUGAAACCAUACUUCUCUUGCUCUACGUGAUGUCCUGAAAUGCCAUAUCCUGAGUUCUGUUUUCUAUAUAAAGUAACUCAGAAAAAAACACAAUCAAAGUUCCCUCUGUUUGAAAUUAAAGAACAUGUGAAACAAGCACUCUGAACUUGAUGUUUGUCGUGGCUGGGUUACAGCUGCAAUAGAACUUCACAGCAGCGCUGGAGCAGCCUGGGGUCCAAGAGACGCUUUUUCAUUGUUUGAAAAUGGGUUAAUAUCCAUUACUCACAUCCUCUAGUGAGCAAGUUGAGAAGGGACAGGUGGUGAGUGAAUUUCAGUGUGCAUAUUUGAGAUUUUUUUUUUUUUUUUUUUUUUGAGUCAAACACUAAUACAAAAAGAAGAAAGAAAUCUGUACAGGGGUGAGACUGGUUCAGUACCGUAUGCGGUACUACAAAUUUAAUUUACUAAUUAGAAAAUACUUGUAUAAACCGAUGUUCAGGCAUUUUAGAAAGAAAAGCAACUACUGAGGAAAGCUGCUUGUUCAUAUAGUGAAACCUAGCAGUUCUCUAGAUACCCUUCAUUAAAAGAUGACAAUGGGGUACAAUGCCAGUAUAAAUCAUCUGUUACAGUUAGAUAAAUAGUGGGAUUUAUUGUUCAAGCAGGGCAAUGCUGAUCCUUUGACCAUGUCCAAUUAAGAUUUCUUUGCAUUAUGCCGACAGCUUCGCGUGUACCGAAUCACUUUGUCUAACGGGUGUCAGUGCAAAAGUGACAUUGCUCAUUGUGUUGGUGUUAUGUUGAUUAGCUUCCGAGGACAAAGUAAUUGUGUGUUUCCACGACUCGGAUCUGCUUAAAUAUAAAUUUUGUUUGUUUUAUUAAUGGAUUGAUUUUUUUUUUUUUACUGGAUAAAUGUAGAUUGUUUUUUAAAAUAACACAGGAGCCAGCCAGAAAUCUCUUACAUCUAAUACUCUAGUAAGCAUGCACUUGCAUACUUCUAAAAUGACUGUAUACCUGUCAUUUACUCCACCGUUUCCUGUGGCUUCAUUUCCUUUUACAGAACUGCUUUCACAUUUAUACUUUGAAGAGCAGAACUUUUACUAAACUUCCACAUAGACCUUUUUGCCUCCCAGUCCAGGCCUUAGUUUGUCCUGAAGCUCCUGCGUGAGUGAAAACUACAAAAAGGAACGGGGAGUCUACGAGUGCAGAAACAAGGCUGCUUUUCCUUGAAGCAAACUUGAACUUUGGAUCUUUCCUCCUAUGGUCUGUCAUUAGAAAAUGGCCUUUUCCAGAUGGCAAAACAAAAGAAGUUAAGAAAACAAAUGAAUUAAGAAGAAUUAAUUGAAGCCGCAUAUUACAAGUUGACAUUAUACAUCUGGCAUUUCUGUUUAUGUUUCUGCAUCAGUACAUUUCAUUCCUAUUUAAUAAGUUCCUAAUUUUGUGGGGUUCUUUUUUUCAAGAUUUCGAAGUGCAUAUGAAGGACAGCCUGUAGUAAAGUAUUGUUCCCAGUUUAGCUGUACUUCAUUUUUUUAAUCAAAUCUUUUUCUUCAGUGGAUAAACUCACAAGAUUAGAAAAGCCUCUUGAACUCCCUCAUGUUUGAGUUGGCAGAAUUCCCACACACAAUUAUCCACACACAACUACUUUUAAAAGACCUUUAUUAAGGCCGUACAAAGUCAAGCACUCAGAAGUUAGGAAAUGGCAAAACCAAGUUUCUGCACGGUUAGUUUGGCCAAUUUUUGUGAGUAUGUUGCAGUAUCUGAUCAAGCCUUCGGUAAAAGUGAGCUAAGGCUGCCCAGGUGGCAUCUAAAACUGCCCAAAUUUGUGUGCCUGACCACAUAUAAUCUUAAAUUCUCUUAAGAUACAUAUAAUUCAGUUUUUAAAAGUUGAACUUAAAAAAUGCCAUCAUGGUAUUGCUUGUAACCCGUGUGUGUGUCAGGAUUUAAUCCUUUACAUUGUGCGUAUGGACACCCGUUCCUGACCUAAGCACCUAUGCAGCGGUGGAGCAGAGCUGAAGCAGCAGGUUUCGUUUUCCUAUUUCAUGGGCAGGCCACACGCAAGCGCGAUUGGAGCCACGAAUUUUUGCUUUAGUUCUGAGCCCAAAAGAGUGUUUCCAUGAAGGCUGCAGACUCUCCAGCCCAAUUUCUUUCCUGAUCAGUUCUGCCUGAGCUGUCAAAUCCCACUCCAUUCCCUCCCUCAGCCCUUUGGUUCAAUCAAGAGCCAUCCUUGUUCCUUCACUGCUCCUCAGCAAAGGCACCGAUGUUCAGCCCAGCCCAACCUUUAAACAAGUUUUCUUCUCUGCUGCCUAUUUAUUUUCCAUCUCAGUCUCUUUCUUCCCAUUGCCCUUCCAGUCUUGCUCUUCCCUGACUUUGGGCCACAGGAGCGCUUCGUAGCAGAGCGCGCCCUUGACGUGCCUAACCCUGGACCUGGCUGCCUUUUCCCAUCCCAGGGAACCACUCGCCUUUCUGCUCCCUUUUUGAUGAAAUUUGUUCCUUCUUCCUCUUCACUCUGUGUAACGUUCGGAGCAAUGGAGCUUGUCAACCAUCUCCUUUCUGUCUCCAGCUUUUUUUCUGCUGUUUCAAUGCAGCAUAUUUAUCGGAAAUAGCACGCUUUUAUGUUCAGUGUGGAUUGUUUAUCAAAUGAAGCACUAGGUCAAUGCUGUUAAUAUCUCCAGAAGUGUUGUAAAACUCCCUUGUGUGUUUGUUUCAGGUCAAGAAUUGUUUGGGCAAUCUAGAACGCCAAAUACAUUCUAAGGUACUAUAAACAGGGGGGCAUGAAGGUGGCUAAUUGGAAAGAGAAGUCACUGUUAAUUGAGCUGUGAAGAGGCAGUGGCAGUCAGACUCAUGACUACGUCCAGCAAACUCAGCUCAUGCUUUAAAUUUUUGCGCCUGCUAGAGAAGCAGAAAAUUGCAAAGGCAACUUGUUUAAGUAGCUUAUGAUACUAAAGAAAGUACGAAAGACUGUCGUGCUCAGACAGUGCGCGAAGCUAGUAAAUGUAUUCAGAGUGUUUGAGAAGUAUUUUAUUUUUCUCUGCUUUUUGGAGUGGUUAAAAAAAUGAUUACACUUUUGAAAAGUAUUAUAUAAGAAGUGAACAGGAAGAGUUUUCCAAGACACAUGUGCCUCUUAUCAUUGACUUCCAGCUGGUACUAACCUGCCAGUGCAUCUGUUAGCCUGGCUUCUCUUCACAGGGACAAUAAAAAGGUAUAUAUUCAUUUUCAGUUGAAAGGAAUCCAGUAGUAAGGGCUAACGUUUGUUGUCUACGUCCUAGACCUGUUUUUCUAAUGCAGUGUUAGACAUGAAACAUGAAGUUACUCCGUUUUGUCUUGUGUCAGAUAAAGAUAAAUGACUCGCAGGACUAGAAGUUGGUGGUUACUGUGGAAGCCUGAUUACAUUCAAGCUAGGCGUACAGCCAUGCAAACCUCUAAUAAAUGUAAUUGGUGCUUCAGAAGGGCAUAGCUGAGCGAAUUUCAUAUCAAAUCUGGUAGUGAAGAAGAAAUUAGAUGGGAAACUGAAUUAGAAUUGGCAGUUUUCUAAGUGAAAGCUAUUAAAUGGCCAAAACCCCAACAAUUUUGCAGUCGAGAAGGGGGACGACUUUGGCUAACCGCCCAUCCUGUUUCAGUGAUGAAAUGAAGGGAAAAAUUAGAUGUAAAGUAAUAUAAAACAAAUAAGAAAAGGGGAAGCAGACAGCAAUCAACUCAAAAUGAGAGUUAUGAAGUGUAGAAAAUUAAUAAGGAAAGCAAUAGCCAAAGGAAAAUAAAAAUGUAUGGGUUGGAGUGCUUGGAGAGGGUGAUAAAGAGCUGAAGUUCAGAGGAAAUCUUUGCGGUAGGAUAAGGACCAUUACAAGACGCAGGUGGUAGAACUGCUAGUGGUGAUGUAAGAGAACUGGAAAGGUGAUGUCAUUCAUUAGCAAUGCCUAAUAUUAAAAAUUAACAUUUUAUAAUUCAGUAGGCCCUGUAUCAGUGUUUCUAAGGGAGAUGCCUUGGGCCGUCCGCCCUGCCGGCCAGAGGGGUGGCAAAAGGACGGGGGGGGGCGGGUGAAGUGCUUAACUAGCUUGACACUGCCAGGGAAGGGAUGGAAAAGGAGGUGAAUGUUACUGAGGGAGCACGAUGUAAAGUCGUUUCAUUCUGUCUUUGGUUUUCAGUUUUCUGUGGGAUUAGAGUGAACCAAGUGUAUCUGGGCCCCUGCAAAGCUCGGUGUUGCCUGACAAUUGCCCCUUCUGGAAGGUCCUUCAGAGAGAACCGUAGUGAAAUGGGAAGGGUUCUGCUGGGACCCGAUCCGAGUCAGUGGUUCCAGAUCACUGGUGAAAAUAGAUGUAAAAUUGGUACUGAUAAAAUGUUACCAGGACAAAAAUAUCCACACCCAGGACCAGAGUGAACAAGAGCUCCACGUGUUCCCAGUGCAGUCCCAGGGUGAAAGACUAAUGAAUAAGAAUGUGUUCUUGUUUUUAAUUACCGUUAGCAGUAAGUGAUUAUACUUCUGUAUGUCUCAGCUGUGAGAGUUGGGAAUUUCGGAUGCAAUUUGGAUAUUUACAUUUUAAAAGAGAAGCUGAGUAAUUGGAAUGGAUGCAAAAAAAAGAUUCAAAAAUUACCGGUGGAGCGUGAAAAUGCCUUAGAGGGGGCAAGAGGGAAACUCAGUUGGCUGAGUUUAUCUACCAAAAUUGAGAAUGUCUUGAUUACAGUGCACAAGUACCUUCACGGAUAGAAAAUACUGAACACUGCAGCUCUCUGAUCUUAAAAAGAGCAACACAACAAGAAUCACUGGCAAUCGAAGCCAGGCAAAUUCAAAUUGGAAAAAGGCACAAAUUCUUAAGAGAGAAUAACUGUGUAAUUUAGGAAUGUUUCUCCAAAAACU